AUGCCCCGGGGUCUCGGAUUAGUAUCUCCGAUUAUGCCUUGUAACGGCUAUAUCUGGUUCAAGAACGAUAGGUUGGACACUAUGAGGCGCAGGACCCAGUACUCAGAGUUUGGCUAUUCCGGGGAAGAGGUAUUUGGGUCUAGCAGGCGAGGUAUUGUGUUUGGGGGGGCGGGGGGGUGCUGGGGGUCUAGGAUCGUGGAGGUGGGAGCAGGGGGGCGAAGUGAGCGGGGGUGUGGGGUGUGGGUGGUGGUUCGAGUGGCGGGUCGGGGUCCAGGUCUGUGGGGGUGGUUGCUAGGUGGCGUGUGGGGGGGGGUGGGAGAUACAUUUUGCCGAAAUGAUCGGUUGAGGGGGGAGGUUUGGGGGGGGGGUAGUGGUGUGCGAUUCCCGGGGGGGUCUGAUGGGGUGGGUGCGGGGUUGGGGGUGGACGGUGAGUGGGGGGGUGCGGCGAUACCUCCAGGUGGGGCUGCUGCAAGGUACUAUGGGGGGUACUGCUGGAGGCGGGCGCGUGGGCUGGACGAACGGGGGGGUAGCGUGGGGAUUUUGAGCGGGGCUAUUGAGCCGGUGGGGCAGGGGACUGAGGGAAGGGGUGGAGGGGGGAUUUGUAUAUAG